UGUCGGUCGACUUCAUUCCCUCCUGCGGCGAGACGUUCGUAUUAUGGUUGGUUAGCAUCGAUGGCACAAGUAUUGCAGGAAGAGCUUGAUCCCGACGCGCCACAGUUCGCCAUGGAGGUCCCUCCGCCGCCAAAGGUCCCAUGGAAGACAGUCGGCAUGGUACAGCGCACAGCACACAAGGAAGGACAGACACAAGGUGACAAACCAUCACGCCAUGACCUCCAUGUGUGUCUUGUUUGUUUUGUGUUUCAGGCGCUCCUGCUCUUCACGAUGGGCACGACGCUGCUGCUGAUGGGCACGGGGACGUUCUUCCGCACCGGCGUGAGUGCGGCGACCCCUUUGUUGGUGCUGGGGUCGAUAUGCUUCAUCCCGGGGUCGUACUACACGUUCAUGUUUAUCCAGAUCUUCAGGGGAGUGCCAGGGUACACCUACCUCGACAUACCCAGCUAUGACGACUGACGGGCGGGCUCUUGAGGACGGCUGAUGGGUGGGAGGGGUCUCUUGGGAGGGCUUGUCCUUGUCUGUCUCUUUUUUCCUUCUUCUCUUGUGUGUGGUCGUCAGCGGCCGUCUUUUUCUGACUGUCUCUCUCGCUGACCUGUAUCUGUGAGAGUGUUUGUGUGGAAGGAUGUGGUGACCUCUGCUCAGUGUCUGAACGUCCCAGUUUGUCAUCACUGUUGUCAUCAUUCAGCAGUAGCAAUGUUGUCAAUCAUAGAGUGCGACAGCACUACGAUCACGUCCCGACACCCACGCGCACACGCACUCAGACACACGCACAUAUACCGACACACAGACACACGGAUAGACUUCAC